ACAUGCUUCCCUGAGGGCAGGGGUUGCGCCUGCUCAGUGCGAAGGCUGGCCGCAGUCUCAGCCGGAAGCGUUCUCUCCUAGGCAGCAUUUCCUUCCUGUGCGAGGCGGACCGAAGGUUCCUGCUGCUGCUUUCUGCCCCAGGGUUAACAAUCAAGAUGGUACAUGCUGAAGCAUUUUCUCGUCCCUUGAGUCGGAAUGAAGUUGUUGGUUUAAUUUUCCGUUUGACUAUAUUUGGUGCAGUAACGUACUUUACUAUCAAAUGGAUGGUAGAUGCAAUCGAUCCAACCAGAAAACAAAAAGUAGAAGCUCAGAAACAGGCAGAAAAACUAAUGAAGCAAAUUGGUGUGAAAAAUGUGAAGCUUUCAGAAUAUGAAAUGAGUAUUGCUGCUCAUCUGGUAGACCCUCUUAACAUGCAUGUUACUUGGAGUGAUAUAGCAGGUUUAGAUGAUGUCAUUACAGAUCUGAAAGAUACAGUCAUCUUACCUAUCAAAAAGAAGCAUUUAUUUGAAAAUUCCAGGCUUCUGCAGCCUCCAAAAGGUGUUCUUCUCUAUGGGCCUCCAGGCUGUGGAAAAACAUUGAUAGCCAAGGCUACAGCCAAAGAAGCAGGCUGUCGAUUUAUUAACCUUCAGCCUUCAACACUGACUGAUAAGUGGUAUGGAGAAUCUCAGAAGUUGGCUGCUGCUGUUUUCUCACUUGCCAUCAAGUUACAGCCUUCCAUCAUCUUUAUAGAUGAAAUAGACUCCUUUCUACGAAACCGUUCAAGUUCUGAUCAUGAAGCUACAGCCAUGAUGAAAGCUCAGUUUAUGAGUCUCUGGGAUGGACUAGAUACAGAUCACAGCUGCCAGGUCAUAGUAAUGGGAGCCACUAACCGACCUCAGGAUCUUGACUCAGCUAUAAUGAGAAGAAUGCCUACAAGAUUCCAUAUCAACCAACCUGCUCUAAAACAGAGAGAAGCAAUCCUGAAACUGAUCUUGAAAAAUGAAAAUGUGGAUAGGCAUGUGGACCUGCUAGAAGUUGCCCAGGAAACUGAUGGGUUUUCAGGAAGUGACCUAAAAGAGAUGUGUCGAGAUGCUGCUCUCCUCUGUGUCAGGGAAUAUGUUAAUUCGACAACAGAAGAAAGCCAUGAUGAGGAUGAAAUUCGACCUGUGCAACAGCAGGACCUGCAUCGGGCAAUUGAAAAGAUGAAGAAAUCAAAGGAUGCAGCAUUUCAGAAUGUUUUAACACAUGUUUGUCUAGAUUAAGAGUAAAGAUCAUUUGUACAGUUCAAAUGUAAUCUAGUUCAGUGUGCCCUCUUAUCAGCUGGAAAUAGAAUGGAAGGGGGAAUAUUCCUUAAACAGUGAGGGAGUUAAAUGUUUAUGACACUGGUUUUAUACUCUGAAUUCUAAGUUAUUGAGACAUAGUUGUUAUAUAAACAGUGUUACUACUUGUCAAAGAUCAUGAGGAGGAACAAUUUAAUCCAGCCUAAGUGUGGGUACUUGUGUUUGACCUCUUUAGCCAUAUGUUGCUGCAGCCUUAUAGUAUCUAAGCUGGUCUUAAAGUAGUAAAUGAUUCAUUGGGUCAUCAGUGAGGAAUGGGGAUGUGGUUAAGUGCAGGUUUCUAGAUGUGUGAGUAUGUGUGUGUAUUUGUGUGUAUAUUAAAUGUAUAUAUAUUCACACAUUUUAUAAUGACAUUCUGUAGAUAUGUUUGAAUACAGAAAUUUUUUUUUAACCCCAACUACUGAAUCCAGAAGGUACCAAAUCGUAUCUAGCAAAACUAAGAUUUAAGGUUGUGUCUAAAAGGUACAGUGAUUAAGCCGUUUUUCUGUUGUCAUUUGGUUCAAACUUUUUCAAGUUGAUUGUUUUCUCUCUUUUUAUUUGGUUAGUUGGAGUGAGCCACAUCUGAAUAUUUAGAUGGAGCUCAGUUAUUAAGGUUUUCAGAAUAUUCAAAUAGAAAUACAUGUUCAGUGAUCAGCAUUGAAUGGUUGUCAGCCAAUCUAGUGAUUAGUGCUGAUUUCACCUCUUUCAGCAAACACCCUGAGCAAAGACAUUUUUAAAAUUUUAAAUUGACUUAGUGAAGGUGGAUUGAAAACUUUUUCACAAGAACGGUUUGAAAAACCUCAGUGCUAUUGAAGGUAUGUACAUGAUUGUCCUGACUUUCUUCUUUAGCAUAGCAGUUCUCUUGUAACCAUAUUUUUUUUAAUGUUAUUUUAAAGUUAUGUUUUCUUUAAUUAUGGUCAAAUGUAAUUUGUUCAUUACAAAUGAAAUGAUAGUUUAAAACAAGUAGCUGCUGCUAAAUGUGCUAAAAAUACUCAAAACUUUAAUUUUAAAAUUUUCUUAGCAUAUUAUAAAUUUUGCCCAAGUGAAAUACAAAUAUACACAUUAAAAUUUCCAUAUUGUAUCUAGUUCUUUGAACCUCUGAACUGCAUAAAAACAUUUUUUGUAUCAAAGUUCCAUUAAUCAGAAUUCUGUUAUAGGCACUUAAACAUACAAUAUGAGGAAAAUGGCAUAACAUAAUCUUGACGUGCCUUCUCAAUCGUUAGAAAGAUUAAAUUAUGCUUCAUAUAUUUUUAUUUUUAUUAUUUCUUUGAAAACACCCAGUUUUUAUUCAUGAGUUAUUGGAUUAAUUUCUCUGAUAGUAAGUCUCUCACUAGUUUGUUGGAUAGUUGUUUCUUCAAUUGUGCUAUGAAUGGUGGGAUAGAGGUUGUGGGAGAACACUUUGGAUAGCAAACAGCAAGUUAUGAAAAAUUGUGAAGAUGAUGGAAAAGUUAAUGAAGAACACAAGACCCCAUAAAUAGAAAAUUUUGUCUACAUUUUAAAUAUUUAUUAUGCUGUUAAAUGCUGUUAUUUUAUAAAUGUAUAAUAAAGAGGUCCCUCUUUAUUGAUUUUU